GUGGGCAAAAAGGCGGAAGCUAAAACUAGCGUUUCCGUGACAACAACAGAUGCAUUGACUACAGAGUUGUUCCACUUUAUACACUUCAGCUGUUUUGGUAGAACAUUUUCAUAUUCUGUCGUUCUCUGAAUUUAAGUUCAGUCCACUGACUUGUUUCUGUCCAGCAGCUUCUCGAAGCAGAAGGUUCCGAAGCGGGAAAUUUGAAAUGUGGUCGCUGAGACCAAACUUGCUUUGACAGUAAAACUAAUUCAUUAAGGCGAAAUAGCUGAGGUGCUGCCUGCAUGUUGUCUCCGACUCCUUCAGACCCAACUGCUCUCAGUCCGGGUCGGUCAUCCUGCUCCUCGGACACCGGGGAUAUUUUAAUCCGCUCCACCCGCAUCGUUCUCCCGGACGGCAGGCAGGAAGCUGCUGAGAUAAUCCAACCCGUUCAAAUAACAGUCCAAAAGCUGCGGGACCCUCAGCCCGUCCAGCCCAAUCGGAUCAAGGAAAAACAGAGGCUACAGAAAGCCAGGCAUAAACCGGAGGUUGUUGACCCAAAGCGGACAGCAGCGGAUUCCCAAAUCGGACCCCUGCUUCCAUCAUCCUCCUCAGGUCAGGAGCUUCAGACGUCAUGCUACAAGGGUGGAGGACGGGGAGUUGUGCUGGGAGCUCUGAGACAACGUUGUCAGAUCACCCACCACAAGAGGGAGGUCAGCGUACAGCUGCUGGAACCAAGGCUGCCUCCAAACACCUCAAACCAUCAGAACACCCCUGAUCUGAGAGCUGAUGCUGCAGCGGGUGUCUCGGAGGGUCAGACAGAAGUGUCAUCUGGUUGUCUGGGAGACAUCAGCAAAACAGCAGCUGCUGCUGCAGCUGCUGCUGUUGCUGCAACUGCCCCUCUCAUCAAGGCCCAAUCAGACAUAGAAGCUCGAAUGUCUCAGUUAUCUGACGGCAUCCAGAAGAUGCUGCAUACCAACAGGGAGGGUGACAGCAGGGGGCAGGGCCUGAGUCAACAAACACUGCAUCACCUGGAGACACUGCAGAGUCAGCAGCUGCAGCUGCAGAGCCAGCUGCUGGAGUCAGCUAUCAAAAUAGUGAGGGGUCAUGAUUCAGUAACUUCAGACUCAAAAGCUGCAGCCAAAGUGUGGGACCAGAAGCCAAGCUCAUCAGGAACUGGAGGGACUGCUAUAACACCUGCUGUCAUCCAGAGGGAUGCAGUCACCAUGGAAACAUGGCACCGUGACUUCAGGCCAGAGCAAACCAGGGACAACCUGUAUCUCCAGGACCCCGUGACUGAUCCUAGGAGUCACACCUUCCACCUUCAGUCUUUGGCAAACCAAACUCAGGAAGCGGCGAGGAGAGCCAGUGAUAUGCUAAAGCAGAUGGAGUGUCUGAAGACAGACAUAAAGAUGCUGCUGACUCAAAAAGAUGCUCCAGAAUUCACCUUGCCUGCUCCAGACUGCCUCCAGAUCCAACAAAACCAGCCUGAGAGCCAAUCCAAGCCAAAGCAAGAUCAGGUUCAGUUCCAUGAAAAGCAGCUGCUCCUGUCAAACUCUGAUCAAAGUCCAAACAAUCUUCAACAAACUGAUUCCCAAAACACCAACCCCCAAUUUCAGUCUUUCCACGUUCAACGCGAAGAGUCACAUAAGAACAUGGGUCGACACCUGCAGUCCCAACAUAAUCAGCCUCAUUCCCAGAAUCUGAGGCCCAUUCAAACACCAUCCCAAACUGGGCCCUUAUUAAUCCAAGACAGCCUCUGUCAGGAAGUCCAUAGUCAAUCUAGUCAGAGGCAUCAAGUCUAUUCCCAUCAAUCUCUUUCUUCACUGUUCCAAAAGAAGCCUGAUGGUCCCUCUAUGCUGGAAGAGGCGGGUCAAGUUCUCCGUCAGGCUCGGAGACGGAAAAAAGUUCUGGAGGACAACCUGGAAGCUCUGCUAAAAGCCAAGACUGGAGAAAUACUACACUGCCAGCUGGAAGCCCUGGCUGCUAACAGAGAGGUAACUGAAGGUGUGCGGAUAAAGAAGACGGUUGAUGCCUGGAUCAGUGCUUUAACCAGAGAUGUUCAGGAUCAUCCUCGCCCUCUUCAUGGUGAGAUGCCUCCAGUAGAUGCCAUUCAGUGCAAAGCAGCAAAUGCAAUGAAGUCACAAGCAAGGGCUUCAGGUAGAGGGAAGCCAAUGACCCUGCCCAAAGGAAUCAGUAAUAAGCCAGGAAUGGGAAGAGGAAGCAGAGGCCAAAUUGCUGGACACAGAGCGCAGGCAGAGCCUGUUGGAGUGUCAGGUAACCUGAUGGGCAGCCAGCAGGAUGACGUGGAUGGAGAACUUUAUCUGACUCGUCUGUACGGCAAACUCCCUUAUGAAGGUCUGAGACGAACCCUGAAGAAGAGUCCAUAUCCUCGUUUCAGCUCUCCUGCAUCCCCUCUUGGCAGGAAGCCAUGCCCGCGACUAGUAGAAAGCAUCAGAGGUGUGAAGCUGAAAUCCUGUAAGACUCAGACCAGUUUGACUCCUUUCCUCAAUUUGUCAGCUGGACAACCUUCCAAACGAAACGUCUUUGACUCCUCCCACCUAGACUUACAUGAGUCUGAUCAGUUUACUGUGACUUGUGCAGAGAGCUCCACUGGUGCCACAGCCAUCCCACUGCGUCUUCCCAGGAUGGACUGCCCCUCCAGGCGUGAGCAUGCUCAGGAAAGGCCAUCAGCACUUCCUACUCCUCUCUCAGUGAGCGAGGGGAAUAUGACCGACAGAGCCGACAAUCAACAGAAGCAGCAGCUGGUUACAGAAAAACCUCCAUCUUCUUCAUCAUGCAUCAUCAAGAUCAUAGCAGCAGAGUCCCCAAGAGAGAAAGAGGACGAAGAAAACACCUUCCCUGGAAAUAACUUUCUUUCUGUCACUGAUGUUCACCAGGAGGAUAAAAGUGAUGUGGGAGAGGAGGCCGUGGUGUUAGAGGGAGGCCCGUCACCAGCUCCAGUGCAGUACCACAGUCCAGCCUUUCCACCCAAAGCCCCCUCCUCCCGCUGUGUUGAAACUGUGACUCCUGUGGUGACCCGCAGCCAGCCGCAAGACAUCCUGGAGAACCGGCUGGUGGAAUGGGUGGAGCAGCAGCUGAUGUCCAGGAUAAUUGCGGAUAUGUAUCGCCCACUCACGUCUGACCCUGCCCAGAAUGACACCACUGACCAAUCAGAGCUUGAGGAACGGAGCCUUUCUUCAGAUGAUGUGGAAGCAGUAGGAAGCGGAGGUCUGCAGCUCUUUGUUGACUCCAGCGUCUCUGUGGACUCAGCAUUAAUUAGGCAGCUGGUUAACGAGGUUCUGAUCGAAACUGUGGCCCAGAUUCUUUGCCGGACGAAUGCAUUAAAUACAGCUCCAGAACCAGGACUGGACGAACCAAAAUCAGAACCCACUGAAGAUGAGGAGGAAAAUAUGGCAUCAUUGGUUCCCACACCAGUCCCAACACCACUGGCCAGUGUGCCCCAGCUCAGCAGAGAGACCACACCAGCCGCCACUCCACCUCCAUCUAAACCAUCCAGCCCAGUUACCCGGGAAUGUCCUCAGCCAAUCACAGCACCAGAACUUGUUGCUACACCGACCACCACACCAGAACCCCAUCUUCCUGAAGAAAGCCCCUCUGCUGCUCAUCAAACCCCACCCCCACCCAUAUGUGGGAACCCUGAACUUCCACUGGAUGAGGAAAGAUCAGUGGAACAGCUGGAGUCACAGAAACAGCAUCUGGUGGUGUCUGUACAAGAGGAGGAGCUUCCUGUCUGCCGCCCAGUCCCUGCUCCGGCUCAAUCUCAGCCUUCUCUGACUGAUCCCAGUCCUGCUCUAUCUCCCAGACUUUCAGAAACCUGUAGCUCCAGCAGCAGCAAAAGCUCCAGCAGCAGCACUGUAACAGCAGAGACUGAAGCUGCGCUGAAACACAUCUCAGAGGGAGAGCUGCUCAUCAGUAUCAACCAGCUGGCCCCUCUGACAGAAGAGGAGGGUGUGUGUAGCUUCUCCAGCUCUCUACAAGAGGUGGAAGACAUGGCCUUUGACUCCUCUGCUGUGGAACACGUUGGAGGUCGUAACCUUCUGCUGACCCUGUUGACCAAGAUGGAGCUAGGAGCUACUCACGGAGGACAGAGGCCACAGCCUGAGGGCUCCUGGGGGAGGGAGGAGAUGGAGGACGAGGUGAGCGUGGGGGAAGUGAGAGACUAUGGGCAUACAAAACCUCAAAACCAGACCACAAAUCCAGGUCAAUGGGACCAAACCUCCGCCUGUGGACAGAUCAGCCAGCCUGCAGACGUUGGACAACGGGACAAACAGAAUACGCAGGGUGGAGCCAGGAAGACAGAUGUUUAUCUGCCCACCUUCAGAACCCAGGAGGACAGAAGCAAGGAGGACAACGAGGAGAUCGGGGGGUCAGUGAAUGCAGACACAGACUCGUCCACCAAUGAUGUCUUCUGACCAAAGAUUCUGAUGAUUCCGUUUUUUUAACUUCAUGUUAGUUGGAUGUAUUCCCGGCGACCUUUGAACUUUGUAAAUUUCAGUGGUUAACUGUUUGACUGUUCCUUAAAAUGUCCUCCACAUGUUUAUUCAGAUUAAAAUUGACAAAUUUUACUUCUAAUACA